CCGAAAACACAACCAUAAGCAAGACCGACAGGGCCAUGUAGACAGAGAGACAGCCAUAAGCAGAAAGACAGAGAACCAUAAGCAGACAGACAGCAAUAGGCAUAACAGACAGGGCUGUGUAGACAGACAGACAGCUAUAAGCAAGACCGACAGACAGACGUAAGCAGAAAGACGGACUGAAGGAGAAAUGUUCGCUUGAGUAAAAGUCUCCAAUGCAAAGUAUUUCACAAUAACUACUUAAUAUGUUUCAGAUGAUAAAGAAAAGACGGAGGUCAGAGAAAGGUCUCUAUUGAAGUACCAGGAGAAGCUCUCUGCACAGUUCAUAUCAAAAGCAAAGAAACAGCAUGCAGAGAAGAAAUAUGCACUGGAGAGAAUGAUGAGGCUUGAAAAGGAGAAAAAAGACGGUAUCCAGAAAAUCAAGGAGAAAGAGCAAGAGAAAAGCACAGCAGAGUUGACAGCAUGGAAACUGAGACAAAAACAAAGAGCAGAGCAAGAAGACCAACUCAAAGAUCACAGUCAGGGACAGAGUCGAGACGGACUGCAAAGCAUGACAGAGAAGCAGGACAAUGCCUGUUCUCAUGGAGCAAGUUGCAAACGGGAUCUGAAAAGUGACAGUGAAGCAGAGAGCAAGAGCAAACAAAAGGACCUGCCUGCUCCGAGACUCGUUGGAAACAUCCAAGUCACAUUCACCCCGCGGCUUUUUCUAACAGCCCUGAGGGGAGUGAUAGAGGAGGAAGAGUGGCUCCAACAACAAGCUGAAGCCUGGCGUACCGGGAAUGCAGAUGUAGAAGAGCUGGAGGACCUGAAGAAGGAGGAGAGGAAUCCUGAUUGGUUAAAGGACAAAGGGGACAAAUGUUUUAUGACUGGGGACAACCUGGGGGCAUUGAACGCGUACAGCCUGGCUAUCAGGCUAAACAGAAAGAUCCCAGCUCUAUAUUCAAACAGGUCUGCCCGCCAUCUGAAGUUAAAAAACCUUCACAAGGCCAAUGCGGACUCCUCUCAGGCACUUGAUCUGUUAAUUCCACCAGUUUGCGCCAAUGCAGCAGCCAGAACCAGAGCUCAUGUCCGCCGAGGAUCUGCCUUCUGCCAGCUACAGCUCUACGCAGAAGGCCUACAAGACUACCAAGCUGCUGUAAAGAUUGACCCUGACAACCCUGAAGCGUUGCAAGCAGACACGCAGAGAAUCAGAGAAAUUAUUCAAGGCACUGCAGCGAGCCACUAGUCACAGUGAAACACAAGCUGCUGUGAAUAUGGAAUAUGGAUGUAUAUUGUUGCUGUUAUUUGUGUGUUACCCAAAGCUCUAUUUAAUGAAAG